AUGUCGUCUGCGCCGCCCGUUCUGAAGCUCGACCCCUCGGCCAAGGUCGCCCCCCUGGCGCCUCUCGCCGUCGCCAAGCUCAUCAGCAGCGCCAAUGCCCAGCCCGUCCAGAUCGACUUUGAGGAGGGCGUGCCGCCCCACCUCGUCCUCGCAAACGGCCAAAAGGUCGACGGCUACCUCAACAUCAUCCGAGAGCUCGCCAGCGCCUAUGCCCACCAGGGCCUCAGCGGCAAGGACAAGGACCAAUCGGCCCAGGUCGACCUGUUCAUUUCGCAGGGCGACAACCUCGCGCUCGCCUCGUUUCAGGCCGCUACCGCCAUCGCCGAUAACCUCGACCAGCACCUCGCCCUCCGCACCUUCCUGGUCGGCCACAGCGUGACCGCCGCCGACCUCGCCGUCUGGAGCGGCAUCCGCGCUUCGUCGCCCGUCAUCGGCCUGGUCAAGCAGGGCCUCCACGCGCACCUCAAGCGCUGGUUCGAGCACGUCGACUCGCUACCCGCCACCUCGGACGCGCUCGUCGCCCUGGCCGACGCCAAGGCCAACAAGUUCAAGGGCAAGAAGACGGCCGCCGGCUUCGACCUCUUCCUCAAGGACGCAAAGGAGGGCCAGGUCGUCACCCGCUUCCCCCCGGAGCCCUCGGGCUACCUCCACGUCGGCCACGCCAAGGCCGCCAUCCUCAACCAGUACUUUGCCCGCCAGUACAAGGGCCGCCUCAUUAUCCGCUUCGACGACACCAACCCGAGCAAGGAGAAGACCGAGUUCGAGGAGUCGAUCAUCGAGGACCUGGCCCUCCUCGGAAUCAAAGGCGACGUCACCACCCACACCUCCGACUACUUUGACACGCUGUACCAAUACGCCGUCCAGCUGAUCCAGGAGGGCAAGGCGUACGCCGACGACACGCUGCAGGAGGAGAUGCGGGCGCAGCGCAUGGACGGCAUCGCCAGCCGGCGCCGCGACGCCACUGUCGAGGAGAACCUGACCCGCUUCGCCGAGAUGUCGACGGGCAGCCAGGAGGGCCGCAGGUGGUGCCUGCGCGCCAAGAUGAGCGUUGACGACCCCAACAAGGCGCUGCGCGACCCCGUCAUCUACCGCUGCAACGCCGACGUCUCGCACCACCGCACCGGCGACAAGUGGAAGGUCUACCCGACGUACGACUUUGCCUGCCCCGUCGUCGACAGCAUCGAGGGCGUCACCCACGCGCUGAGGACCAACGAGUACCGCGACCGCAAUCCGCAGUACCAGUGGAUGCUCGACGCGCUCAAGCUGCGCAAGGUCGAGAUCUGGGACUUUGGCCGCCUCAACUUUGUCUACACGCUGCUCAGCAAGCGCAAGCUGCAGUGGUUCGUCGACAACGGCCACGUCUCUGGCUGGGACGACCCGCGCUUCCCGACGGUGCGCGGCAUCCGGCGGCGCGGCAUGACGAUCGAGACGAUCCAGGAGUUUAUCCUGGCCCAGGGCCCAUCGCAGCAGAUCAUCAACAUGGAGUGGGACAACAUCUGGACCAUCAACAAGCGCCUCAUCGACCCCGUCGUGCCGCGCUAUGUGGCGCUCGACAAGCACGGCCUGGUCAAGUGCACCGUCGCUGGCGCGCCCGGCCUCGAGGAGCGCCCGAUGCCCCGCCACAAGAAGAACCCGGAGCUGGGCGAAAAGACGACGGUGUUCGACAACGUCAUCUACAUUGAGCAGGAGGACGCCAAGUCGUUUGCCGACAACGAGGAGGUGACGAUGAUGGACUGGGGCAACGUGUUUGUCCGCAGCAAGAAGGUCGGCGCGGACGGCCUCAUCGAGUCGAUGGACAUGGACGCCAACCUCGGCGGCGACUUCAAAAAGACCAAGAAGAAGGUCACCUGGCUCGCCCAGAGCGCCACGCGGCCGUUUGUCGAGGUGUCGCUGCUCGACUUUGACUACCUCAUCACCAAGAAGAAGCUCGAGGAGGACGACAAGUUUGAAGACUUUAUCACGCCCCAGUCCGAGUUCCGCACCGAGGCCGUGGCCGCGUUCAACGUGUCGGAGCUGGCCGAGGGCGCCCAGAUCCAGUUUGAGCGCAAGGGCUACUACGUGCUCGACAAGGUGCAGGGCAAGGACGGCAAGCGCGAGUUUAUCAAGAUCCCCGACGGACGUCAGGCCUCGAGCGCAUCCAAGGCCGCGCCGGACGAGGACACGGAAAAGAAAAAGGCAGCCGCCGCCGCCGCCCGCGCCGAAAAGGCAGCGGCCAAGGCCAAGAAGGAGGCCGAAAAGGCGAAAAAAGGCAGCAAAAGGCCCUCGAGCGCGGCGACGGCGUCGACUACCGGCGUCGCCGCUGCUGCCGGCGGCGUUGCGGCUGUGGCCAAGAUGGUCGACGGCCAGGCCUCGUCGUCGUCGUCGUCGUCGUCGGAGCAGAAGGCUGCUGCGGGCGCAUCGGCCAAGACGCCCAUGUACGACUACCCCAAGGUCGUCGAGUACGACGACAUGCCCACCAAGACCCCCAUGUACCACAUGGACAGGAUCGUCUAG